ACUGCAGACUGUGGGAGGUUCAAGACCCUGUGGUUUCUGUAAAAGUGAAACUCACACAGACUUACACAGACCAUCUGCAGGUUUUGUUACUCUGCACGUUGUGUCGCUGCUUUUCUUCUGCUUUUUUUACCUUCACUUGCAUCCAAGAAAAAGAAAUGGCCGUCCAAGGUCAGCCCAUUCAGGUGGUGACCACCACCACCACCCACAGCUCCACAGCCUGGAAAACUGGACUCUGUGACUGCUGCGUCGACAUGGGCACCUGUUGCUGUGCUCUGUGCUGUUUUCCUUGUAUGCAGUGUGACACUGCCAAUAAGUACGGCUGGUGUCCUCUGAUGCCACUGCUGGACAGCUGCUGCUGCAUAGUGUCCUGCAUCCUGCGAGCCGGCAUCAGGGAGCGCUACGGAAUCCCCGGUUCAUGCUGCGAUGACUGCUGCAAGAUCAUGUGGUGUUACACGUGUGUCUGGUGUCAGAUGCACCGGGAGGUGAAGCUCCGGGAGAAUGAGACCACCAGCACGUUCGUCACCACACAGGUCAUUCACACUUAGAACCCAAGACCUGCCGCCGACGCCGCACAACAAAAUACACACGCCUUAUGUUCCCUGAAUGUUCCAAAGCUUAAAACGCAACAUUAGCAUGUAAUCUUCUCCGUAAUGUUAACUUUGGCAGCGAUUAUACUGCUCUUCACCACUGGAUGUUUGAAGGUGGAUGUUUGAUUUGAUUCGAGUUGUACUUCUGUUAAAUCUCAGGUUGAUUUUGUCAGCUUUGUAUCUUUGUUAAUAAAAUGCUGAGAUUGCAGUAA